AUGAACAGAGUAACAAAAAAACUUGUCCCAGGAAGAGUAUCAGUACCUACUCCAAGAAUUCCGGGCCAACUCAACUUCAGUCUUGUUGACAUUGGCAAGUCUUGCUCACUUUGUGAGAAGACCUUUAAAGAUCACUGGAAUCUUAAAAGACAUUUGCAAAGAUGCCAUGACAUAAUGGAAAUGGUUGCAGAUGAUAUGAGCAUAGUCCAGGAGACCAAAUAUCAAGAUAUACAGAUGAGCAACAGCCCAAAAAAUCUGCUUACACCAAGUGAAAGUGUGGAAGAGGAAUCAGACGUUGAUAAUGAAUACUGCAACAGUAUCUUAAAUUAUGACGAGUGUGAAGAAAGUGAUGAUGGAAGUAGAGUUGACAAUAGUGAUUUUGAUGUUGAGGAAAACACAGAGCCAAACGCAGACAUUCCUCUGUUUAACCACAUCUUGAACAAGAUGUCUGCUUUUGCCAAUAACAACGAAUCUUCAAUAGAUGAAGAAGAUGAAUUCCAGAGUGAAGUGUUUAACUCUACCGCCUGGAACAGAUUUAUACCAAAUACUCAUUCAUUUAAAGAUAUCCAGACAAUGAUUUUGCUCGUACUUGUCAAUGGUGAUAACGACAUGAUUUCUUGUAGAAUGUUAAAGAAGAUAUUAUUUACUAUCAAUCUCCUUCUAAAGAUCUACAAAGAAGCUAUUAGAAAAGAUAUUUCUUUCAAGUUGCCCCAGUUAGAUACACUCUGGAAUUACCAGACACGAAAAGGAUCGAACAUCCCAAUUUUCAAAUCGAAAAGUUUAGAUGUUACUCUCUCUGAUAGCACAAAAGUCACCCCAUUCCUUAACUUGUCUUCUGAGCACAUCAAACUCCUUGCUGCCAAUCCUAUAAAGUCAAAAUCAAUCUUUUCUUUACCUGAUUGCACGCCAAACCAAUCUGUCUGUCUUCAACAAGGAGAAAAAUGGAGAACAAAUACAUACUUCCAACAGCCCAUGUUUACCCAUAACAACAUUGAUUUCUGGUCUGGUGACAUUGUUCUGUUAAAAGAUUGCUCGCCUAACACUCGCUUUCUGGUGGAAUCUUUCCAUACAAUGGAUAUAUCUAAUGUUUUCUCUCGUGGAUAUAUUGUAAAGAUUGCACCUGUAAUUCUUUUCUUGGAUGAUACUUCUGGAAACACCUCUAAGCAAUUUAACCCAUACGAGAGCUGGUCAAUGAAAUGUGCGGCCCUCUCUUUUGAAGAAAGGUGCUCUAUAGAGAAUAUCUUAUUUAUAUCAGCAAUUCCAAAGAAGAAAGAUGCAAACACUGCCUCGAUGUUAUCUGAAAUUGUUGAUGAUUUGAAGAAGCUAGAAAACGGCGUGGUAAUGUUCUCUGCAGAAGAUAAUGCAUAUGUUCUUGUGGUAUCUCCUUUAAUUUGGAUUGAGGCAGAUACAUCUUGUCACUCAGAGCUUUGCAGUUUAGGUGCGCCCAACUCAACUUACCCUUGUAGAAAACAUCCAACAAGAACCAAGGGUCAUUAUAUCCAGGCCACUUCUACACCAGACAGAGAUACAGUGAUCUCUGAUAUUCCUUACUUUGACAACAAAAACACAGCAGAAGAGUUAAGUUUUAAAAAUAAGUCAACAGACAAAUUGCUAGAACUUAAAGCAUAUGACCAGUCAAAAGACACUCCUGCUGAAAUAUUGCACUACAUUCUCCUUGGCAUUGCAAAGUAUCUUAUCACCAAUCUGGUUAAAGUUAUCUUGAACAAAAACAAAAAAGAACUAGAAGAACUGUUUGAUUAUGUUAAAGACUACAAAAAUUCCAGAGGCAUAUCAAGAGCGUUUACAAGGUCUCUCACCCAUGCCGGUUUGUUUCUUGGUAGAGACUUCAAGGUACUAAUCCAAAUACUUCUGGUAAUCCUGGCCAUAAAAUUUGCAGAUACAGAAGUAUUACAGGAAAUCACUCCCCUCUUUGUUUGUCUCGGCCGUCUAUGCUCUCUAGUAUUUGUUCAAUCUAUCGACAGUCAAUACGAGACAUAUAUCAGUGAAGUAGACUCUGCUGUUAGAAGUCUAAUUGAAGCCUUACACAAAUACGACACUAACUGUAAACAUAAAAAACAUGCAUUCUAUACGUCCAAGCCAAAAGUCCAUCUGUUGACCCAUCUACCUGAAGAUUUACAAAGAUUUGGGCCUGCUCUUAACUACAAGACCAAAAAGGGAGAGCAGUUCAACAAACACAUUUGUGAACACUUGUUUCAUACAAACCGUAUGAACACAUCAAAAGAUAUAUGUCUCAAAUUUGGUAAACAAUAUAUGACAAGUCAUAUUAUUGAUGGUGGUUCAUGGAUAGACAAGAAUGGUUUAAGGGAAACCCGUGGAAAAGCUAUUGCUGAAUACAUGCAACAAAACUCUGAUGGGAAAUUCCAUGAAACUUUGCUCGGUGGGUCCAGAGAAUUUGCAGACAACAAUGGUACAGGUUUGACCCCUGGAAGGAUAUUAAAAGACAAUACAUUUGCUCUAUUUAGACAAAGCAAUGGACAUAUCAUCAUUGGAAUGGUGCUUUUUUCUAAAGUAUACCAUUUGUAUAUCAAGUAUCCAUCCGCACAUGCUGUUAACAACAAUUAUUGUCUAGCACUCAAAUAUGCUGAUGAUAUAUACACACUACUAGAUGAAUUGAAGGUUGUUUGUCUAUUAGACAUGCAUCUGAAAGUUGGCUGUAAAUAUGUUGUUAACCUCAACAAAUUUGGUUCAUACUGA